AUGGGCACUGUGCUGUCGCUGUCCCCCGGGUCCCGGAAGUCAGGCUACUAUGACAACCGUCCGGGCUCGCUCAGCCAAUACCCGAGCAUCAGCAGCCGCUCCCUCAACAGCCAGAAGGACCGCGGGCUGAAGAGGGGCCAGUCCCUCUUCCUCCCGGCGUUCACGUGGAAGCGGCUGGUGGCCUCCACGAAGAAGAAGGGCAACUCCAAGAAAGGCGAUCCCGGGGGCCUCGGGGACCCCCUCAACAACAACAACAUCAACAUCUACCAGAAGGACCCCCUGUUGCACCUCAACCACGAGAAUGUAAAGAAGUCGCUGUCGUGCGCCAACCUGUCCAGCUACGAGGGCCCGGCGGUACUGGGGCUCGGCUACGGCCUGGGCAUGGGCAGGGGCCAGGGAUGCGGCUACGGCAAGCCCCAGCAGCUCUCCUCUGUGAAAAAGGUCCCCCAGGGGACGAUGGCCUCGUCGUCCCCGAAGCGCGUCAUCGUCCAGGCCUCCACCAGCGAGCUCCUGCGCUGCCUAGGGGAGUUCCUGUGUUGCCGCUGCUACCGCCUGAAGCACCUGUCCCCCGCCGACCCGGUGCUGUGGCUGCGGGCCGUGGACCGCUCGCUGCUGCUGCAGGGCUGGCAGGACCAGGCCUUCGUCACGCCGGCCAACGUGGUCUUCGUCUACAUGCUGUGCCGCGACGUGGUGGACGGCGACGUGGUGGCGUCGGAGCACGAGCUGCAGGCCAUCCUGCUCACCUGCCUCUACCUGUCCUACUCCUACAUGGGCAACGAGAUCUCGUACCCGCUCAAGCCCUUCCUGGUCGAGGCGGGCAAGGAGGCCUUCUGGGACCGCUGCCUCGCCAUCAUCGACGCCACCAGCGCCAAGAUGCUGCGCAUCAACGCGGAUCCGCACUUUUUCACACAGAUAUUUGCCGAACUGAAGAGCGAGGGCGGCUGCGGCCCCCAGGACUACAGUCGGGUGCUGGAUCGGUGA